AUGUCCCCCACAGUUAUGGACGUACUCAGCAUGAAAACACCACCCCUCACGCCACGCAGGCGCAAGCCACUCGUCACAUAUCAGUCCCCGUCAGCCGACAAAGCCAAUGGGGUGACGAAGCCCUUGUCCAAGCUCUCGCACAAUCUCGCCCCCAUCCCCGUCGCCUCGUGCUCGAAAUCCUCACAUUCUAGCCCCAACAUAAUUGUACGAGCGAGCGGCGUGCCUCGCAAGCGGUACCCUAUGGACCCUCCCCUGCCUCUGUACCACCCCAUGGGCCCUCUGGCGAUGUCGCUCCCCUUAUUGCCACCCUCCCAUUUCGGCCACCCCGACCCGGAGCCGGUGAUCACGCCCAUCGACGAGCUCAUCGUCGACGCCAGCCGGCGCUCGUCGGCCCGCUCGCGCCGCCCGGUGGCGAAAAUGCGCGACACGGCCGUCGAUCGGGAGCGCGAGGACGGGAGCGCCUCGCCGGCGCCCUCGCUGCCGAACGUCGGUGCCAUCGCCGCUGCCGCCGCGCUCGAGAUCAAGGAGAAGCCCAGCCCGAGGAAGCGGCGCGGGGCGGCGGCUGCGGCGGGGGCGGGCGUCGUGAAUGGGGUCAACGGGAAGCGCAAGCGCAAGGACGCUGAGGACGAUGCGACGUACCCUGCGAAGCGGACGCGGCCGACGCGCGGUGCCGCUGCGUCGCUUGGGGCUGAUGAGUCGGGCGAUGAUGAGUCGACGGGGCUGUUAGCCGAGUCUGCUAUGACGCGGGAGCCGACCGAGGAAGCCGAGGAGAUCACGCGCCCCGAGCGGAGAUCGACGCGCUCGAGCGUGCGGCGCCGGGACUCGACCGCCAGCGCGAGCGAGGAGACGACUGCGUCGGUGCCCGCUGUGAGCCAGGUCGACGCUGCUGUCGAGGAGCCCAUGAUGCCCAUCCACGAAUUCGCGAUGAGGAACACGAAAGAAGAAGGGGAAGUCAGCGAAGAUGCCACUUGA